AUGUUCUUCUUGCGAUACCUCGAGCGCGAGAUGAAAAUCCACCCUUCGUUCUUCGCGUCCAAUAUCACGGGAAUCCUCAAGAAUCAACUGUAUGCCGAGUUAGAGGGGAGCUGCAAUGGAGAAUACUACAUUGUCUGCAUCAUGGAUAUCUACAACAUCUCUCCUGGAAAGGUUGUGCCAGGCCUAGGCGAGGCGAUCUACACCAUCCUUUACCGUGCAAUCUUGUGGAAGCCAUUCAAAGGAGAGACGAUCGACUGCGCGGUCAAUUCCGUCAAGCCACAAGGAGCCUUCUGCGAAGCUGGACCUCUGUCGGUGUUUGUCUCCAAACUGCAUAUUCCACCUGAUAUGCGAUACAACCCAGAUGCCACUCCUCCGCAGUAUUCCAAUGACUCCGGCGACGUGAUCGAGAAGGGCUCCGCUAUUCGGGUCAAGCUGAUCGGUUUGCGGAGCGAUGUCAACCACAUCUACGCGAUCGGAAAGAUGUCGUCGCAGUGGUUUGGGUAA